UCAUCGCAGUGGUGUUCUUUCUGAGAAAAUGUUUUGUCCUAUUUAUCUGCUACACACGUUUUAUUAGUGAACAAAAUAUAAAGACAGCUUUGUACCUGGUAUUUGUGUAACACAGUUGUUUAACGUGUGCACCUGAAUAUACCUACCUGAUGUAGGAAGGAGCUCCUUUACACCGUAGCAUGGAGUGCUAGUAGUUCUUCAACAUUUAGAAGCUGUACACAAAUGACGAAAACGAAAAUCACAAACCUACUCAACAGCUGCCUUCUCUUACUUUUACUGCUGAGGAAUCCAACAGGAACUCUAGGAGCAGCUGACAUUACAACGAUAUGUGAAAACUCUACCUACACUGACGGCGCUACAAGCAAAGUAUUUUGUGAAAUUAAUACAACAGCUGUUGCAAGUGCUUCAUGUCUUGGAACACCGUCGCUGCUACUAAUCCAGUUAACAAGUCCAGAUGGAGUGCCGACAAUACUGUGCCAAACAACCUAUCCAGGAACAUGCACGAACCCUAAUGUAGACUGUGGUUGUGCGAACAAUGUUAACAACUCAGCCAAAUACCAGGCUCAGUUUACAGCAAAUGAAAUUACCCAGAAAGGGAGCUCCAUCUCAUGCACUAUUGGCUGUGAGCCCCCCCUUUCCACAAAUACAACUGUGGGCUGUCAGUCAAUGACAUUCAUAUCAGUCCCAACAACAAGUCCCAUCUUGUUUACUACCAAUAGUUUACCUGCUGAUGAUGACAAACCUGACUGCACCAUACCCUGCAUAAUUGGAAUAGUUGUUGCCAUUCUCUGUGCCAUUAUUAUAAUUCUAAUUAUAUUGGGAGUACUGUGCAAGAUGGGAAAGAUAAGUUGCCCUUAAAGAACAAAGGAUCAAGAAAUAUCUCAACAGGCACUUCAGUGUCAAGUGGAAAUGGACGACAUCAUCAUACACCAGUUAAACAAAUAAAAAGGAAGGCCUCAGCAAACCAUGAGAACAAACCUGGGAAUAAGUCAAGGCAACAAGUUAACAGACUACAUAAUCCUUUAUCCUAAUAAAUUAUUUAGUAGUUAGUCUCCAGAAGCUGUGAAAUAGUUUUAGAACUAAUUUCAUUUCAAUAAACCAAUGAAAAACGCUGAAGAAGGCCAAGAUGUUAUGAACUGUUUUAAAGACCAACCUGAAUGGUUUACGUUCUUUGCAGAUAUCGGUAGGUAUAAGGGAUAUAAACCUAACCUGUAGAUUUCCGCCUUUAAAACCCAUCCGUUUAUUAAUUAUCCAAUAG